GUAAUUUGGACAGUGUCAACACAGCCGCUCAGCUCAGCAGGCCAGCCACCGUGUAGCGGCGGCGUGUACAUGACAUUGCAACCGGGGAAAGGGUAUCGUUGAGCUAACAACGCAGUCAUGAACAGCCAGCUACGGGCCUCCGGGUGACCUGACAGCCACAGCACAGUCGCCGAGUUGCCGUAUAGUUAGAUGACGACUGAGAAAAAUGAUGAAUAAAAGGUUGAAGGCAUCCUCUCUUGAUUUAGCGUGUAUGAGUGAAGUAGGUGUGUUUGUGUAUUCACUGUGUGAAUUUGUCCAGGCCGUGCAAUGUCAGUAAGGUAAAGGGCUGUUUAGCAAGAUCUGACUGAGGAUCCCACUCCUUGUCUAAAUCUAAGUGUAUGUGCCGGUGACGUCAGCCAUGUUUUGGAAGUUUGACUUACACACAUCGUCUCACCUGGAAGCGUUGCUGGACAAGGAGGAUGUCACGCUUGCAGAGCUCAUGGAUGAGGAAGACGUGCUGCAGGAGUGCAAAGCCCAGAAUAGGAGACUUCUCCUGUUCUUGUGCCAGGACCAGUGCAUGAAGGAGCUGGUCCACAUGAUUACUACAGAGCCCCCUGCUGGUAUAGAGGACGCCAAGCGCUUUAAGUAUCCAAAUAUAGCAUGUGAGCUGUUGACAUGUGAUGUGGGAGUGAUCAAUGAUAAGCUGGGUAAUGAGGAGCCUCUGCUGGAAAGUCUGUAUUCCUUCCUGGAGCAACCAUCCGCACUUAACCCCCUCCUGGCAUCUUUCUUCAGCAAGACAAUUGGGAACCUCAUCACUCGGAAGACUGAUCAGGUGAUCAGUUUCUUGCGACAAAAGGAGGGAUUCCUGUCUUUAGUUCUGAAGCAUAUUGACACAUCGGCCAUGAUGGAUGUGCUCCUACGACUCAUCAGCUGUGUGGAGCCACCCCCUCUUCGUCUUGAGACUCUUACUUGGUUGAAUGAAGAGAAGCUGGCCCAAAGACUCAUAGAGCUCAUUCAUCCUGAGAGAGAUGAAGAGAGGCAGUCCAAUGCAUCUCAGACUUUGUGUGACAUCAUUCGUCUGAGCAGAGACCAGGCCAAUCAGUUCCAAGAGAUGUCACAGCCUGAUCCUCUGCUGACUGUGCUGGAAUCGCAGGAGUGUGUGGAACAGUUGUUGCAGAAUAUGUUCUCAGGAAAGAGGACUGAGAGCUGUAUUGCCAAUGGAAUUCAAGUUCUUCUGACAUUAUUGGAAAUCCGGAGGCCUGUCGUGGAUGGUGUAAUGGAUGCUCAGGGAUUUGAGAGAAGUUACACUGUUAAUAGCAGCAUUCUGCUGGCCAUUCAGCCACACCUGGUACACUUCCACCAGCUGCUGUUGGAGCCACCUAAGCGAAGUCCUAUGCUGACAACUCUGGGUGUGCUGGAGGAACCGUUGGGGAACACACGGCUGCAUGUAGCCAGACUGGUGGCUUCUCUGCUGUAUACCAGCUCUGCUAGCCAUGCAGUCGUAGCACAGGAACUCUGCCGACUCAAUACAAUGGACCUGCUUCUGGACUUGUUCUUCAAGUACACAUGGAACAACUUCCUGCACCUCCAAGUGGAGCUUUGUGUUGCUGCCAUCCUCCGGCCCUGCGCCCAUGAAAUGAGACUUCAGCCUGGCUUGGGAUCCCAGGAAAAAUUCCAGCCUCUUCAGGAUGCGUUGCAAGAGCAGACUUUGACUGACACGCAGACCUCUGAAACUCCAGUCACCUCUGAAAACUCUGCACACAAUUUAAUGGUGACCCAUUUGUUUCAGCACUGCCACCUUGUCCAGAGGAUUUUACAGGCUUGGGAGGAGAAUGAUAAAACACAGUCAGAAGGUGGUAUGAGAAGAGGCUACAUGGGACAUCUGACCAGGAUUGCCAACACAGUAGUCCACAACCUAGAGAAAGGCCCAGUCCACACCCAGAUUAGUAGCCUCAUCACAGAACUGCCAGAUGACUACAGAGGGCGCUGGGAAACCUUUGUGGACCAGACCCUGUCAGAGACCAAUAGGAAAAACACCAUAGAUCUGGUUGGCUCUGGAAACCCACGCCCUUCUUCAGAGGAUGAUAUGGAGAGCCCCUUCCCUAAAGAACUGACAAUACAGCAGGCAUUUUCAGACUACCAGAUCCAGCAGAUGACUGCUAACUUUGUAGAUCAGUUUGGCUUCAAUGAUGAGGAAUUCACUGAUCACGACGACAGCAUCGGAGCAACGUUUGACCGGAUUGCAGAGAUCAAUAUCAACAUUGAUGCAGGCCAGGACAGCAGAAAUACAGCUGUGUUUGAGGCCUGUGCCAAGGAGAGGAUUCAGCCCUUUGAUGAUGAUGAAGAGGACAUCUGGGAGGAGAAAGAGAUCAACUAUGCAACACAAACAAAAUCCCGUAACAGGUUUGGUGGGUCACAGUCUCAGAGCCACACAAGUACAGCCUGUGAUAGGACAACAGGUUCUGGAACUGAGGACACUGACAGGGCACCAGACUCAGACUCUGAGGAGGAAGAGGAGCCUAAAGAUGACCUGGAUCCUUUCUCAAGCCAGGGCCACACUGAGACAACAAAAAGCACUGGCUGGAUCGCAGACUUUGGGGAGGUGAACUCAAAGGCUCCUGCAGCAGGUGUGGGAUUUGCAGCCUGGGACACUUCAUUCUCCCAGCCAGCUGCCACAGAGGCAGAGGAGAAGGGCUGGGCCAAGUUCACCGACUUCCAGCCUUUCUGUUGCUCUGAAACAGGUCCUAGAUGCAGUUCUCCUGUGGACUCAGAGCUCAGCGGAUCAGACAGCACCAAACCAAACCAGAACCCCUGUGUGUGGAGUGUGUGUGUAGCAAGAAAAGCUCCACUUGUGGCAUCAGACAGCUCCUCUUCGAGCAGCUCAGACAGUGAUGAAGAAGAGAGCAAGACAGAGUCUGCAUCCACUGAGACCAUCACCACAGAGACCAUCACCACAGGUGCUGGCAAGGAGACCAUCCGACUCACUGUGGACGCCAAAAAUGAGAGGGCAGUAUUCACCAGCGAAGCAGAUAAGGUGCCAGUAGAGGGACUCUCCGUCAAAGACAAAGGGAAAGGCAAUGAGAAAGACAGUGAAAAGGGAAAGAAACAUGGAGACUUUCCCAGCCCAUCUACAGCCAGUCCAACCAACCAGUCGGCUGCUGUCACACAAGAGACGCAGCCCUCUGCCAAUGGACCAGCCUAACAACGCGGUACAGGCACACACACACACACACGUGCUCAUCACCUGCCCAUUCAACACACAUGCCACCUUUGCUUCCUGUUAGUAGUCCCCUUAUGCCUUUUUUGUGUCUGAAGACAUGCAAGCGAAAUGGGAGAUCCUCCAUGUUGAGGUCAGACAGCCCUCAACAGUAUGUAUGUUGGAUACCACAAAAGUACUCAUGGGUACUAUUGAUGUCUCCCCUGCGCCUCCAUGACAUAAUCACAACUGAACCGCUUCAAAGAGAAAUGUGUGUUUUUAAAGAACAUUUCAUCAUGCCAGACCCCCUAAAGCCGAGUUGUAUCACACAUGAACUAUUUGAACUUGGGAAAUGAAAAAAAGCUAUAUAAUUUUGAGAUGAGCGGAGGUGACACUGAGUGUUUCAGUUCCAACUCAAACGGCAUUAAACCACAAGAAAACACAUCAGUCUGAAAUUCGACCUUGUAUUGGAUUCAACAUCAGAAUUUUAGAUUGUUUGAGCAUGUUGGCUCGCUGGGCAUGAAAUCACAGCUCACUGAUUUUUUUUCCUAGCAGAUCAUUUGACUGUUUACACUUUAGUAAAAAAAAAUCUGUACUCAAAUAUUAAGCCAAGAUUACAAUAGCCAAGAUGCUUGCAAAGCUAGCUGCCAUUUUGACUUCAGCAUUUCAAUGUACAUGCCAGGCAGACAUUUUAUAAGUGCAAAUGUGUGAGUCAUAAAAAAGAAGGAAAACAUUUUUGGCUUUUUUUCAUACAUGCUACCAGAGUAAUUUCUCAAACUGGGUAAGAUUUAUUUGCUUUGAUCAUGUGAAACUUAAAUGCUCCCUUUUUGUUAAUUUGGGAGUAUCACAUUUGGGAGCAUCAUGUGUCACUUCCUCCUCAAACCUCUGACAGAUCCAUGUAGUUUAGAGGUAUGUGUGUGUGUGUGUGUGUGUGUUUGCGUGUGUGUGUGUGUGUGUGUGUGUGUGUGCGCGCGCUGUUGUAUCUAUGUGUGUAGACAUGUGCCCGUGUGUGUGUUUGAGCUCUGUCUGAGGUACAGAGUGCAUUCUCAGGUCAAAGGAGAAGUAUGCAGAUACAAAGAAAGCACACCUGUGUAACACACACACUCACACAGUGCCACACACACAUGAAUACACAACCAUAUCUAUACACACAUGCAAAAAAAAAAAAAAGAAACAAACCCACAAGACACAUUGAUGUGCAAACCCCAAUUCAUAUCACCUUCAGAGCUGUUUAAAUGUAAUAUUGUGAAAUUUGAACCUGUAUUAGGUUGUGGCUAUUCUUGGUAAUAUGUAAACGUAAAUGUAAACAGUAUAUAUAAACAUUAUAUCUAUUUUUGGAACAAAUCCAAUGUAUGGAAAGGCGGUUAUUUUGCAGGUUGCAGUGUGCGUAUUGUAUGUGUGUAUUGUAUUGUUGAAAUGAGGCAAUAAUGACGUCUGUGUUUCGGUCGAUAUCCCAGCAUCAGUUCCUGUUCCUCUGCUACAUGCUUCCUAUAUGGAGGUUUGGGAGUGUGCAUGUGCGCGAGUCAGUAGUCCGCAGUAUGUCUUCCGUAUCAUUUGGUUCAAGCAUAAUUCUGGUUCAUGAUAACUUGGAUCUUAUUUUUUUGGAGUUUUGUUCAUUUGGUUUUGAAUCAAUGGUAGGUGAGAACAUGGCAACAUCAAUAAAAAGCGUUAGUCCAACAGGGGCAAGAAACACAAUCAGUAGAAUGAUCAGAAACACCUCUAGACAAACUACCAGGCGGGCUGCAUCUGUCGGGAAUACACAACUUGAAAUACUAUUCCUUAGAAAAUGUGAUGUAGUUUGGUUUUUGGUGGGAUCUCCUGCUCACCCUGUCUGACUUAACUGUAGCAAUGCCACUGGGUUUUCCAUUCUCAGUAAUGACUUAAAUGACUACAGUUUUCUCAUAACUCACAAAAACAAGAGCCAAGUUGUAUGAAAGUGCAGGGUUUGUUUUGGAUGAAUACAGUUGAUGGUGAUACACGUCCAGUUGGUCAACACAAACUUUAACUUGAUGCAGACUUUGGUACAAAAUAUGACCAGUUGAUGAUUAUCUAUGAGUAACUUCAGUCUUGUGUCUGACCUGCAGCACAGUGAUGAGUUUAGUUUAGUUUAUUUUUGUUUUUUUCCUCCUCCAUCGGCACCUGAUUGGGCUGUUUGCUUCUUCUUUUCUCAACUUGUGAAAUCUCAGGUUUCUUUAGUUCUUGACACUGCGACGUGCUUCUCUGAUGAAUUACUGAAGCGAGCGCACAAUGUAAUCAAUCAAUCAAUCAAUCGCCUGUUGAGCUCAAUCCUGACACAUGAUAAUUCUCUUGUGAUCAUUGCACUUAUAAGAUGGUGGUUUAAAAAAACUGCCUCCCCCACAUGGCUUCUGCUGUGUGAUGUAGCUCUACUGUUCGGUCUCCCUGAAGCUUAUUAAGCAUAUAUUAAAUUUUAUAAAAACGUAAUCAUUUCUUCUGUAGUUGGUGGAGGUACUACUCUUCACUCCACUAUAUGAAACUUCAGGAAACCCUGAGCUGGAAUUAUUUUUCAAGUUUGCGCAGCCAUGCUUCUCUUUUCUCCUCGUCUCUCUCUUUCUCAGGGCAGGAGUUGACUUUAAUUGCAUUUAUGACUAUGGAAUGAUUUACAUAGAUUGUUGUUGUAUUUAUUUUAAAAGCACUUUUUGAAGAAGCACUUCUGGUUUGUAUUUGGUGGUGCCACGCACCAUCAUUAUUCCCUACUAAAAGAGGAGGGAAUGUUUGACUUGAAUGAGUGAAUCAUGUAGAUACUUUAGGAUACUUUUUAUUCAAUGCUUUCAGCCAAAGUGUGUCUUCCCACCAGUGUUUAACUGGGUUUCAUAUCUGUGAAGUAGCCUCCUUUCUUGCAAUGGUCUUACAGAAAUAGAUUGAUCUAGUCUUUGUUUGAUCCCUCCCACAUGCUCUUUUGAUUCAUGUGAUGGAGUUAUCAGCAGUAGGAGAGGAUGCCACAUGUCAAAGAAAGACUUUGAAGAUUCAUCUUAGAUCACUCCCAUUUUGCUUUUAUCCGUUCAACACUUUGAGCUGUUUGAAGUGCACAGAGAGUAAACGCUGGUUUCAGUCAGGGUUAGAAGAGAACAAUAGGGCUUUUUUUGUUGUUGUCUUUGUCAGGGUGUGUACAGGGUCAGAAAACAUCAUCCCUUCUUUCACAAACCUAAGCACUGCAUCUGACCCUUACCUUUGUGUUUUGAUCUGAGUGUGUGUGUGUGUGUGUGUGUGUGUGUGUGUGUGUGUGUGUGUGUGUGACUCCUUCACCUUGAGAGUGUGGUCUGUGUGUGUGUGUGUGUGUGUGUGUGUGUGUGUGCGUGUGCAGUGUAGCUACUGGUACAGCGAGCUGUUACACAUAAUGGCAUGAGGUACAAUAUGGUCAUCUUUUUAAGUGCCAUUACGUUUGCACAUUAGCCUCAUUCACCUCAUGGGUAUGUGCUGUGUUCUACAGUGUGUGCCCAAAACUUUAAAUGAGAGACGAUGGGUGUUACUACUUCAUCCCAUUGCCUGUUAACUUACACUGAGGCUAUUUCAGUUUAAAGUUUCUGUGCAUUAUAGCUUAUUACAUUAGAGUGUGUGUGUGUGUGUGUGUGUGUGUGUGUGUGUGUGGGGGGAGGGGGAAGUGGUGUGAAAGACAGCCCUGUUGUGAAAUGCCUUUUUUGUAAAGUGGACUGAUGCUGGUGUUUUCUUUUCUUUUUCUUCUUUUAUUUCAUUUAGAGAGUAAUGUGUCUGUUACCUGUUGUCAAUUUAGCUUGUACAUUCAGAUAUGAACCUAAUAAAUAUGUCAGACCAAAAAGAAGCACGUCUUUGUCUCCCAUUUACAGCUUACGUAUAACACACACACACACACACACGCACAUACACGUACAGUAUAAACACACACAGAAAGUGACAACAGGACUGGGUCUUAUAUGUUUACCUUAGGGGCAGGUGAGGUGAUGGAUCAUGUUCUGUCCCGGUCUCUUACACAUGUGAGCAGCAAUAACAAUUAAUGCUACACCCUCACGUAGUCUCCCUCAAUGCAAACAUAAAC